AAGCAUUGUCAGUAGUAACGGUAUCUGAAAAAGAAAGUGGCCCUAGAAUGCCCGUGCCAUUGUGCAGCAUCUGUGGUGCCGAAUCGACUGGGAUUCAUUUCGGAGUGGAAGCAUGCGCAGCGUGUUCCGCGUUCUUCCGCCGUACCGUUGUUUUGCGUAAAAACUAUGAAUGCGCCAAAUCGGGAGAAUGCAGUGUAAGCAAAGGUAAGCUUCUGGCACUCUGGUGAAC